CAAGAAGCCAAGACAACCGCGGUACAAAUAUUACAUACGUUCUUGUAAAUAUACGUGGGUAGAGAUAAAAAGAGCUCUUUUUUUUUUAGCGGAGUUUAAGUUUUAGGAAAGUACAUCUACAGCAGAAGCCAAAAGUGACUGGUCACAUUCUGUAUAGACGAUCUUUGAUUGCGUGAUUGCGCCAGAAGGCAGGCGUCUGUUGACAGGAGGAAGGACGGGACUGAUCGGUCGGCGGGCAGGUCGGUGAGAAAGCAGCGGACCGUCAUGGACAGGACGGCCGUGGUAAAGGUCGGAGCCGCAGCCAGCGCCAGUGUGUGUGCUUUGUUCGGCGGCGUGGUUCUUGCCCAGUACAUCGUCGCCAAAAAGAAGCGAGCUGGAAAGAAAACCAGGAUCAUAGAAAUGAUGCCUCAAUUUGAGAAAACCACGGUCCACAUGAAGGACCAUGGGAAGGUGGAGGACAUCAUCUGCGGUCUCAUCAAAGGAGGAGCUUCCAAACUGCAGAUCAUCACAGACUUUGACAUGACGUUAAGCAAAUUCUCAGUUAACGGCAAGCGUUGUCCAACGUGUCACAAUAUCAUUGAUAACUGCAAACUGGUAACAGAAGAGUGCAGGGGUAAGCUGCUAGCGCUGAAGAAUAAAUAUUAUCCCAUUGAGAUCGACCCUCAACUCACCAUGGAGGAGAAAUACCCGUUUAUGGUGGAGUGGUAUUUCAAUUCUCACCGACUGCUUGUGGAGCAGCGGUUAGAGAGGGACAAGCUGCCAGAGGUGGUCAGAGAGUCUGAUGUUGCCCUCAGAGACGGCUUUGAGCAGUUCUUUGACCGCCUGCAUCAGCACAAUGUGCCUGUGUUCAUUUUCUCUGCUGGCCUAGGAGAUGUCCUAGAGGAAAUCAUGCGCCAGGCAGGAGUGUAUCACCCCAACGUCAAGGUCGUCUCCAACUUCAUGGACUUUGAUGAAAAUGGCAUCUUGAAGGGAUUUAAAGGUGAGCUGAUCCAUGUGUACAACAAACAUGACGGUGCCCUGCGGAACACAGAGUACUUCAAACAAAUCAAAGAGUACUCCAACAUCAUCUUGCUGGGCGACUCACUGGGGGACCUAAGCAUGGCUGAUGGUGUGACCAAUGCGGAGAACAUCUUAAAGAUUGGCUUCCUCAAUGACAAGGUGGAAGAGCGACUUGACAAAUAUCUGGACUCUUAUGACAUAGUUCUGGUGAAGGACGAGACAUUGGAAGUCCCAAAUGCCAUCCUCCAGAAGAUUCUUUAAGUCCACCUCUGAGCUGGCCGCAAACCCACACCACACCCAGUCCACCUCUCUGUUCCCCCUUCAAUCUGGAGCCAGUUAGGCUUGACACCCUUUUUAACCAGCUCCACUCUCUGUCUCAACACAUCACCCUUUGACAGGCUUUUAAAAAAGACAUUUUACAUCUUGUAAAUGAAGUCCACUCAGCAUCAACAGACUGUCUCUGGUGUGUUUUGUCUGUUGCAGUUGUUUCUGAUGUUUUUUCUCUCUAUAUAUUUUUAUGAAAUAAUAACAAAAAGUGAGAUGAAAAAAAGCACAAACUCUUACUCCAUCUGAAUAUUUGCACAGUAUUGUUAUCAUAGCUUUUUCUAGGAGUAUUUUUAUUAUGGUGAUGUUUCAAUACCAUGUAUGAGGUGCCCACAGAUGGAUGAAACAGUUUGGUUUUUCUUCUUUUUUUGGAGCUAUCCCAGCAUGCCUGUCACCUCAGUUACUCUAUUUUUGCGACUUGGCAGUAAGAUGUCAUUCUAGCCAGUCUUGCAACGUAAGCUGUUGUUGUUAGACAUACCACAUAUCUGUACAGGUAAAGCUUAAAGGUUGGGAAAGUAAUUAAGAACAUUUAUUAACGGACCUUUUUAUCAGUAAUAGCAUUUUUCAAUCUCUUGCUUGGUUAAAGAAGCAUCAGCAGCCAGUAUUGGGUUUUUGUUUUUUUUAGAUAAAGAAGAGAGAUUUGGGGUGUCAACAUGAAACUCAUGUGAUGAUGAGAAACGAGAUGAAAAGCACUUUAAAUUCUAUGUACGGGGAAAUCAAGUCUCCUGUAGAUGUGCAGAGGUGGCACCGUUUUGAUUUAUGGAUGUUGGAACAGGUUCUUGGACAGAAAGGCCGUGUUUACAUGCGUUUAAUUUUUACCCAAAUGUGCUCAUUCAUACUUAUUUCUACAUGUUGUAAUGCUACAACUGAAACAUUUAUGGCAAAUGCCAUUUUUGAUUAAGGAGAUAGUUUACACGGCUCUCUUACUCAAGUAUUCUCUGUGCCAGAGAUAAAGGUUACAGAAGUAUUAACUAAUGCUGAAGUAUACCUGUAGUUGUCAUUACCGGGAAUUACCGGGAACUAAAAAGCCAUAAUAAUUACCGAAAAUAUGGCACCUUAAGCUUCUCUAUUGAAAUAAAUAUUACAUUAUUUAUGAAGAAAUAUAGUUUAUUUCACAGUUUCAGUAAAGAAAGAAGUCACCUGCUGUCUAUGGCUCACAAAAACCCAGCAUAAGACCUGUUAAAUGUAAUGUGUUUUAUCACCUUUACAUUCUCAAUGAGCACUACCUCUAAAAUAUUCAUCUUUAUGUUUUGGGAGGUUCAGAACUAAAACGUCUCAACAUGUGUAGAAUGUUGAAUUUGUUUGUGGUUUAAAUGUGCUGCUAUCACCUGCAUGUUGCCUUUUGUUAUUGUUCAGUUUAUGUUAAAGACACGGGACACUUAAAAAGAUAUAUCAAUAAAAUGGAGAAUACUGGCAUACUGUAAAUGUGGGCAUUGUAUCAAAAUGUAUAUUGUUUUACUGCAUUUGGAGAUAUUUUCAGAGUUUAGACUGGUGUGUUUUAUUUUUAUAAGCUGAAAGGCUUUAUUUUAUGGUGUGAAAAGAAAACAUAAUAAAGUUAUUGUUGUCAGGCCGUGCGUGGACAGCAGACUGGAUUAACUUAACUGAAAGCUUUGGGUUCAUUGGGAUUUUAAUGUGGAUCAUGUAAUGUAGGACAAGUGUUUCUCUUAAAUAUUCGCUAUGGUUUACUAGACCAUUGACUGAAAUACUUUAAAUGAUGGGACAUUUGCGUAAUUGUGAAGAAGUGUUGUGAUCCAUCAGUUAGUCCAAACAGAUACAUUUGGAUGUGGCUAUUGCGUAUAAAUGUUGUAUAAAUGCUGUUUGUAAUCAGAGUUAUCAAAAAAUGCCAAAUUUACUAAUAAAUAUAAUAUAUCAAAUCCAAAAUUAAAACUGGCCUAUUAUAAAACAGAACAUUCUUGAAUGAUCAUAAUUACUUGAAUAAUUAUAAUUCAGUAAAGUCAGCAGGAAAUUGUAAAGAUCAAGAUUGACAAACAUGUAUCACUCACGCAACUAUAGAAUUACUUUAUACUGGGAAGAAAGCACAGUAUGUCACUGAAUUUCUAAUUUAAGCCUACUAAGAGAGUUUCCAAAAAGAAAGAAAGAAAACAAAAAAUACGAAGUUUCAAAAAAAAAAAUGGUAACUGCAUUUCUGCAAAUGUGUUUAGUGGUCUUUGAAGUGAUGUGUGCACAGUACCUAUUUUUGUGGGGUUGCUUUCAAAUUGUGAAUGAUAUUGCACCAUAUGUAAUGUGCACACAAAGAGAAUGUUUAAGAAUAUGGACUGUUCAUUUUGACAAUUGCACAUCUGCAGGACGUCAUUAUUUAGCCGGUGUAUCACAAGACGUCCUGCAGAUGGCGGCAGUGGACAAAGAGUGAACAUUGGAUGAACUGUGGGAUACAAUUUAAAGUUUAUCAACGUGGCAUCUUUGAAUCUCAGAAAUUGUUGUGUUCACAUGAGAAAGUCGUGGCUCGUUGGUCUAGGGGUAUGAUUCUCGCUUAGGGUGCGAGAGGUCCCGGGUUCAAAUCCCGGACGAGCCCAUAUUUAGUUAGAAACUCAUUUUUGUUGUAUUUGAAGGGGCAUAAAGUAUAAAGUACAAAUAGUGGACAUCUGGAAUCAUAUUUAAUUUUUCUUCGGAAAUUUUUCUUUAGUGGGUCAAUACAGAAUUACUACUCUGUCAGACUGAGUAGUAACAGGAAGUUUUCUGAAAUGAAGUACUGAAGUACAGCUUCAAAUUUGCAUCCCAUCAGUCAAAUGUAGUCCAAAAACAUGGAUAUUAUAUCAAUGGAUAGCCAAAUGCAAACCAUUACAAUGCUUUUCCUGCAAUGUUAUUAUG